AUGGGCUCUCCCUUCGACAUAAAUGGCGGUGCCUGUGUCGCCAUGGUGGGCAAGGACUGUGUCGCCAUCGCCUGUGAUCUCCGCCUGGGCAUGCAAGCCUUGACUGUUUCCAACAACUUUCCCAAGAUUUUCAACUACGCCCCGUCUACCUACCUUGGCCUGACUGGAUUGGCUACUGAUGUCAACACCGUCUCUGAUCUUUUCCGCUUCAAGGUCAACAUGUACCGCUUGCGAGAGGAGCGCGAUAUCGCACCCCAGACCUUGGCCAACCUGGUCAGCUCAUCGUUAUAUGAGAAGCGUUUCGGUCCCUUCUUUGUCAGUCCUGUAUUGGCUGGUAUCAACCAAACAACAGGAAAGCCGUUUAUCUGCGGAUUUGAUAGCAUCGGCUGUAUCGACUUUGCCAAGGACUUCAUUGUGGCUGGAACCGCUAGCGAUCAGCUCUUCGGUACCUGCGAGGGUCUGUGGGAGCCGGAUCUUGCUCCCGAGGACCUCUUCGAAACCAUUUCCCAAGCGCUACUGAGCGCUGUGGACCGAGAUGCCCUCUCCGGUUGGGGUGCCCAAGUGUGGAUUAUUGAGAAGGAUAAGGUCACUCAGCGGUUACUGAAGGGACGACAGGAUUAA